AAAAAAACUGUAACAUAUUCACUUCUGUUACUGCAGGACUUGUGGGGAGAUCUUCGCAGUGAGUGUAGCACAAGGGGGCCCCGCACCGAAUAAAAAAAAAAAAUGGUGCUAUGACUACAUCUGCACAGGAACAAGACAAGAAUGAAAUGUCCAAAGACAAUGUCACCGAUCCAGAACUCAUAGAGCUUCCUGAUCAGGUUGAUGCUGCAGGCACAGAUACAAUAGCAGACCUGUCUGACAGAAUUUUAGCAAGCGGGUAUACUGGGCCCAUUAUCCGUGAGUGGAAGAAGGCCAUUACAGAUGCCAUCGCUCUGCACUCAGCAGUCUGGAUAAUUCCAAUGUUACAGCAGGUCUGUGAUGGGUUGAAGCUGUAUAGCUUCCAUGACUUACUCACAGAACACAGUGAGACCUGCCAGCAGCUCUUUGUACCUGGACACUUGCAAAAAGUUGACGCGGAAUUCCUAGAGCUUGCCAUGACUCCAAUAUUCAGUGAGGAAGGAUCACUAAGGCGCCACAGGGAGUGCCGCAUCAUCAACUUUUUGCAGGACUUUAUUCAAAAGUUGGAGGAUGAAGAAGAACUUGCUGCUGCAGAAAAACAGGGAAUGUGCAACAGAAGUGCUGAUUUUAUCACCAUAUGCAAAUUCUUUCAGUGGCUAACAGGCCAAGCACACAUCCCACUGAUUGAAACUCAGAGAAAGGAGUCUAAAAUCUGCAUUGAGUUUGACCACGACUGUGAUGCACGUUAUGGCGAUCACAUAAUUUGUUAUCCAGUCAUCAAUGCUUGUGCGGUGUCCAUCACGUUCCCAACAAAACACUUGGGAACGUACCAGGAGUUUCAAGACAUAAUGUCACAGGUAAUAAACAACAGCAAGGAAUUUGGUCGACACUAGAUUGUAAUGUUGUUAGUAAUUUAGAUGUGUAGUAGCAAAACCUGAAACAAGUAACAAAGGUUCUAAGAUUGUUAUGACAGCAUUUACCAUUUAAUGAUUUUGUGUUUACCAUUUAAUAAUUAAUUAAUUUAGUAUUUCACAAGGUAUCUUUAACGUCUG